GUGUGUGCGUGCUUGGCUGCCUUUUUGCGGUUGCUGUUUUAAACUUCCGUCCGAUAUCAUGAAAUCGUUUCUGAUCCUCUUAGCCUGCGCCACUUGCGCCAUGGCCUUCCCGGAACCACCCCGCGGUCGCAUCGUCCAGCCGGCCAAGCAGCUUCAGCUGCCCGAACACGAGUACGGUGCGCCACCAAAGUCGGAGUACGGUCCACCAAAGUCCGAAUACGGACCACCUCCGGCGCCCGAAUAUGGACCCCCAGCCCCAGCCUACGGGCCACCGUCCCACGAGUACGGUCCCCCGCCAGUACAGAAGCUGAUCACCAAGAACGUCUACGUCCACAUUCCCCCAGAGGAGCCUACCGAAAUCAUCAAGAGCACAAUCCUAGAAUCCCCCAUCCCCAAGAAGCACUACAAGAUCAUCUUCAUCAAGGCUCCGGCUCCUCCAGCCCCGAUCCAGCAGCAGAUCCCACCGCAGCCACAGGACGAACACAAGACCCUGGUCUACGUUCUGGUCAAGAAGCCAGAGGAAGCCGCACCACUAGAACUGCCACAGGCUGAACCCACCGAGCCCAGCAAGCCGGAGGUCUACUUCAUCAAGUACAAGGCCAACGAGCACAAGGAACCAGCCAAGAGCUACGGACCACCGGCCAACACCUACGGACCUCCGUCGGCUCCAUCUGGACCGGCUCGCUACCAGCAGUUCUAAGGCCCCAAAUCAA